AUGUCUGACUCGUCGUUACUGCGACGAAUAUCACAGAAUUAUUCGGAUACAGCUGCUAUCUCGCAACUUUAUGUUAAUUGUUGCAAUGGAAAUUCAGCAACAUUUUCUGCUAGUAAAUCAUGUGAAACAUCAUCAUCACCGAGACGAAAACUAUUAAAAUCGUGGCGUAAUACUAAAAGGCAUUUUUCACUUGCUGGUAUUCUAAAUCGCACAAUUCACUACGGUGGUUCGCCAAGACGAUCUAUGCCUUGUAAUGGUGCAAAUGAAUAUGAGCAUUUUUGGCCCUCAUCUCUAUCUGAGAAAAUCGUCUAUGGCAACUCUUCACUAAGCAGUGCUGAGCAAACGAAACGUGUGACAGUUAUCGAUCGUCCAGGUCAAGAAAAAGCUCAUUACACGGGGAAUAAAAGUCGAUAUCGAGCUGAGAGUCCAUCGAAACAACUAGUUAGCCUUUUAAAGUUGCCAGUUUUACAACAGUUUAAUUCAAAUUUUUACAACAAAUGA